UACAGCGUCUGACCAGUUCCAUCUGGUCUGGAGGUAUUGUUGCCCUGGGCGAGACUGCUGGGUUUAAAGAGCUGGAACCUACUGAGCUGAAUACAGCCCCAGCAGCUUUCUCAGACCUGCUCUGUGCACCCUGCUCUCAGCCCUGCCCUGCAGCUGUGAAAUGGAGAGAGUGACCUGGGGCCUUCUCUUUGCACUGGCAGGCAUGCCUGCCUUUGAAGCCAAUGAUCUGGUUGAUAAAUACAGCCCCUUCUAUUACGACUGGGAAGGCCUGCAGCUGGGUGGGACAAUCUGCGCAGGGCUCUUGUGCAUCGUUGGACUCUUGUUCAUCCUAAGUGGCAAAUGUAAAUGCAAGAACAAUCAGAAGCAAAGCCCCUUACCUGAGUAAGCUGUUCCAUUCAUCACUUCAGGCUCUGCCAGUACCUGCUGAGCUCAGGACCAGCUUUGUGGCACUCCCAGUGUCAGCUCCCAUGCUGUUCCCUCCCUACUUGGAGGCCUUUCUUUCUAUGGGUUGACCCUUAGUCUCCCUUCUGAUCAGGAAGCUGCCCAAAGCUUAUUUCUAAAUUAAACUGGUCUCGCUUCUCCCA